GCGUACCCUGGCCUCGCCGUUCCGCCGCCGGGCGGGGCGCUUCAGCGGCCGCCGCGCCCCGGCGCCGUGGUGGCACUCCACCUGAUCUGCGGCUGCUCGUCCGGCCCCUGGAACUACCUUCUCAGCUACGUUGGCGCCGACGGCGACACUGUGGAAUCGCUGUCGAGUAGGUUUGGGGCAAGCAUGGACGCCAUUGAGGCCGCCAACGGCAUGCCCGGACCCGACCCCAUCAGCACGGGGAAGGUGUACUACAUCCCACUCAACUCGGUUCCUGGCCAGCCUUAUGCUGCAAUGUCUUCUGCCCUCGUUCCUGCACCAGCACCCAUUCAAAAUACUUUGCCAGAAAUAUCAGAUCAUCAUUCAGCAAAAUUCCCUUAUGGAUGGGUUAUUGGGGGCAUGGGAGUUGCACUUGCUUUGAUUGCUAUUGCUCUCCUUGCACUUCUGAUGUGCAAAUCCUUCCACUACAAUCACCAAGGUUCAAAUAACCAGAGAAAGAGUCCAAACCAGCCUAUGCCUCAUAAUUUUCAACUACUUAAGAGUGGUAGUUUUUGUUAUGGUUCUGGAAGAUAUUUCUGCUGCCAAUUUGGCAAUGAGAAGCAAUCAAGAAAGGGUGGCGGGGAUCAUCAUAUCAAUGUUCCAAAAGGUAUGGUAGUAGACGUGUUUGAUAGGGAAAAGCCUAUUGUGUUUACAUAUGAAGAAAUACUUGCAUCGACCGAUCUUUUUUCUGAUGCAAAUCUGCUGGGACAUGGUACAUAUGGCUCUGUCUACUAUGGGGUUCUUCGAGAUCAGGAGGUCGCGAUAAAGAGAAUGACAUCAACUAAUACUAAAGAAUUCAUAGUAGAGAUGAAAGUUCUUUGUAAGGUUCAUCAUGCUAGUCUGGUAGAGUUGAUUGGCUAUGCAGCAAGUAAGGACGAGCUGUUCCUGGUUUAUGAAUACUCUCAAAAAGGUUCACUCAAAAACCAUCUUCAUGAUCCUCAAAGCAAAGGUUACACACCACUUUCUUGGAUUUAUAGGGUCCAAAUUGCUCUUGAUGCUGCUAGAGGACUGGAGUACAUUCAUGAGCAUACAAAAGAUCAUUAUGUUCAUAGGGACAUCAAAUCAAGUAACAUCUUGCUUGAUGGUUCUUUCAGAGCGAAGAUUUCAGAUUUCGGUCUUGCAAAACUGGGAGUAAGGUCCAAUGAUGCAGAGGCUUCUGUUACCAAAGUUGUGGGUACUUUUGGUUAUUUGGCCCCAGAAUACCUGCGGGACGGCCUGGCAACUGCGAAAUGCGAUGUUUAUGCUUUCGGGGUCGUACUUUUUGAGUUGAUAUCUGGAAAGGAGGCGAUUACAAAGGCCGGCGCAGUUGGUGCAAGUUCAAACUCUGAAAGGCGUUCCUUGGCAUCAGUUAUGUUGACUGCACUAAGGAAUUGCCACGAUCCAACGUGUGUGGGGAGCUUGAAAGACUGUAUUGACCCUAAUCUGAUGGAUCUGUAUCCUCAUGACUGCAUAUACCAGAUGGCUAUGCUCGCGAAACAAUGCGCCGAUGAAGAUCCUGUUCUACGGCCGGACAUGAAGCAGGCAGUGAUCACCCUGUCGCAGAUACUGCUUUCGUCCAUCGAGUGGGAGGCGACGCUGGGUGGGAACAGCCAGGUGUUCAGUGGUCUUGUUGCCGGGAGGUGAUGACCCAUCCUGCAAAGUUGGCUUUGCUUGCUUGCUGCUCCGUGCUCUUCGUGUGUUCUCCUUCCUAUGAUCUGCUAGAGGGUAUUCUCCCAUGCAUAUUGUUGUCCUAAAUAUCACUGGCCCCCUGUCCAGUCGAGCAAGCUGAGAGUAUCGAGCACAGUGAGAUAGAUAUUUCGUGGUUGGUCGUACAGAAUGUAACUAUGCAUGUAUACCUGAGCGCUUCUUCCGGUGUUACUUGGCUUGCUGUGCUGAAUCGCUCCUGCUUA